AUGCUCAGCCGCUCUCGUGCUAAACAGCCCGCCACCAAGGGGUUUGGUCGAGCCUAUCGCAGCCCCAAGAAGAAGCGAGAUAGCCGCAAAAGUUCGACUUACGUUGCGUGUCUUGGACUAGAAGAUAAGGUCCGCCGAUUGAAGGAGAAACUAGCCGAACUACAAGCACACGCUGGGGGGGAAGAUGUUGUGGAUGUGGAGGGGGAAGAUGAGAAUGCCCAACCUAACGAUAAUGGCGAGGAAGCAUGCCCUUUCGAUGAAGGUUUUCUGAUUCAUGACUCGUCACCGCUACCGAACGACUGUAUGGAAGAGGAUUUCCCCACUGACGCGCCUGCAUCCCUUCCACCCAUGCCAAGUACGCCCCUCUCCGCUAAAGUCCGUCGUAUCGGUCCAGACGCAGCGACGAAUCUGCUCUACGACCAGUGGAAGGCCCUCAUACCCCACCUUAUCGACCCCCUCCUUCUUUUCCUAUCCACAACGAAGGCAACGAAAUACGCCCCUCUGAGUGGACUCCCCUCGCGUUGUCUUCAGCCAGGCUUGUGUGCGACCAAGAGCCGCAAAGUUCUUUGUUUGUUUUUUGACCACUUCGACACAUUUGACGUUAUCAGCUGUGCAUGCCAUGAUCUUCCUGAAACCCUGGUGUCCUACGGGCUUUUCCCCACAUCGCCGACGCAGCCUCGAAUGGCUGUUUCCAUUCUUCUCCUUCAACUGUAUCACGCCCUUUUCGAACGUUCAUGCGAUGCCAUUAAUGCCUUCGCACAGGCACUCAACACUUUCUACGGACGCCGCGGGUUCAUCCACUGCAAUUCGAAGAAUCUUCUUAUGAACGCUUCACGACAGGGCGAAGUGGUUCAGGAUGCAUUCCGUCGAGGGAUAGGGCACGCAGUCCAAUGGUUUGACGUUUUACAAGUGCGUCUUGACCAACAACUCGAAGCAGCCGUUGUCGCCGCAGACGCUGCUGUUCGCCACUUGAAUGCUAUCCCUCUCACACCUCCGCUUUCAAAUCUGCUGACUCACGAGUCCCCCCUUCAUGGUGAUGCUAUCCGCCACUCGGAGGACACACAUCUCACGCCAAGCAUCAUUCACGAGGAACUCGCUUCACAUCCAAAUCAAUUUCAGGAGUCCGACCCUGGUUGCGACCCAACUCCACCCCUCAAGGAGUGUUCCCGGAUUCUUCAACGGCGAUGUCCCACUUGCUUCGGCUUGGAUGCAUUCGGAAGACCUGGACAUUUAGGCGCUGACAUUAUAGUGGCCACCGAUGGGAAUUUUAGCCAACGCCACAGGAAAGACGCAGGAGAUUGCCCUGAAUUCUACGCUCCUGAAUAUUUUCUCAGCAAGGAUUACGUCGACAGUGUGGGUCGUCGUAUUGUCGCAGCACGGGGUAAGCCACCCAAGGCCCGCAAGCCAGCGAAGGUCCCGGAUGAAGCGGUGAACGAUUGUGAAGAAGGGCACGAUUCCGGCAGUGGGUCUACCGUGAAGACGAACAUGGAUCAUUACGAUGAUGGUGGAGUGAUGGCCCUUGUCUGCCGCCACGAUAUUCCCCUUUUCCUAGCCAACAUUGACACCCCCGGCGAGCAGCAAAAGUACGCAGUUUCCCUCAUUGAGCAUCUUUACACCCACCUCCCUCCUACUGCCACUGUGACUGUCCUUUAUGAUGUCGGUUGUGUCCUAGACCGCAGUCUCAAUCUGUAUAACAUUCUCCCGAUCGUCUACAACCCCNGCAUCCGAGAAGGACCAGGUCUAUCUGAUGGGGAGGGUGUGGAGCGCUUCUGGUCUCGUUUACGAAAGAUGAUUGGUGUUACACGCGUAUCAGCGCGCCGCCGAAGAAUUUGGUUGUUGGACCGGCAAGCUGGCUCUGUGGGCGCAGAACUACGUGACGAUCUUGGGGAUUGGAUACGGCGCCGGCUCAAGACGAUUGCAUCCGAGGUUGCUGAAGCCAAGAAGAAAUUAAACCAUUACGGCAUUCCGCUACAUGAAUUGCGAGCGCAGUGGGAGCUUCAGCAGGCUGCUCAAUUGUCGAUCCGUGCUCAUGCCCCUGCACGCCUCAAAAAAGAACUUGACAGUGUUCUCAAGCUCCAAUCAACCAUUGACACCACUGACGAUGCGAUAUCUCGUCUCGCGGACCGAUUUUCAAAGUCCACGUUGGAAAGUCUGAACAGAACUCAGGAACGGCUCAAGGAAAAAGUUGAACAUCUCUACUCAUCGCUCAAUAUUCCAGAAUCCUUCCCUGAACUAGAAGACGUUGAUCUCGAAUUUGUAAGACUACUAGUACUCGCCCGCGACCUCAAAAUCAACAUCCGCAAGCGAGCGAUCGGCAGCUUUUUUGAGUGGGAUCGACUAGAUCAAGCAGCUGGUGGUCGGCAACAAGCAAUAGGUACGAAGGUACAUCAAAGUACCCGAGACGCAAUCGCUAAGCGUAAACCGGCCCUACUCAAAGCCAUCAAGAAAUUCAAUGGGUAUUGCGAACAACUAGCGGCCAUCUAUCGCCCUGAAUGGGAACUCCCCCUUCCUGACGCUCUGCCAGUCAAGCUUGACGAUCUGCGGAACAGCCCUUCGCUUAUGGAAGAUGUUUGGAUCACCCGUACCGCACCGGAGGUUCCCCGCUGGCUAGAAGAUAUCGACGUUCGGGCUGGCAUCAGAGCAAUGCUGAAGCUCGACCACUGCUUAGAGGAACAGCGUCGUUUAGGUCAGGAAGCGGACAACUUGUGCCGCUGGUUUGGCCGAGAGCUCUUAGCCAUUGAGGCGGCUAUUGCGUCACCUUCUAAUCAACGCCUCUGCGCUCUACUUGAGAGCCAUCGCGCCCAUCUCCUCUCCCUCAAAAGCCGAUGGACCAGUACUCUUGCAUCAAGUGUCCGAUUCGACCACCAUCUUCACGCUGCUUCAGAAAUGAAACAACGUCUUGCCCUCUCCCAUGACCUCCCCCCCUCACAACUGGUUGCUCCCUUGACGUGGCUUGCGCCUCUCACACAGAGGGUUGGCGAAGAUGCAUUUGCUGACCCGGCCUAUCAUGAAAUCGAUUUUGCCACCCAUAACGACAUACACGGGGACACCGGGGAAGUUUUGUUUGCCGACAUGAUUGACGCGGAGCUAGACGAUGAUGACGAAGCGCUCAAUGUUUCAUCAUUAGAGACUUCUGACGAUCUACCUGACAAUGCUGUUGAGGUCACUUGGAACUUACCGGAACCUCUUGUAUAUGACACCACAAUCCUCGACGCGCUUCGUUUUCAAACAUUUCGCCCAAUACCCACCCACCGAAACCGCCGCCAGGUCCCCAACACUAAAGGUCGCUUCUUCUUCGAUGAAGCAGACCUCCUUCGACUUGAAACACCACAGUCACCUCUCAACGACGCAUGUAUCAACGGCAUUGGUGCUUUCCUACAGCAAAUGUGGUCCCGCCCUGGCGAAUACCAUGAAAACGAUAGUCGACGCACCACUCCUCUGCAGUCACCGUCCCAGCCUCCCUCCAAAUGCAAUGCGGACAACCACAAGGUCAUGGAGUGUCCACCUGCCAGCGCCAGCGCAUCUGAAGAACGGCCAGCCGUAGAACCAGAUGAGGAACAGCCGAACGGGACAAGUGUGCAGGGGUUUCAGUGGCCAUACAACCCUUACUAUCCUCCCUAUAGCUAUCAUCCCCCGCCAGGCUGGCCAUAUGCCCCUUGGAACCAGGAGCGUGCUGCAGGGACCUCUGGUCCAGAAGUUGCGCCUUUCCCACCCCCGCAUCCUGGCAUGCCCUAUCCCCCCCCUCCUGGUACAGAAGUUGCGCCUUUCCCACCCCCGCAUCCUGGCAUGCCCUAUCCCCCCCCUCCUGGGUACUACCCUCCCGGCACUCACACCAAACACGCUGCAAAGCCAGCUCAAGGGGAGCCGGGUCCCUCUCGUCCUACCUGA